GCUACGACCGUGUGAGCUCAGCCCACAUAGUUCUUUCCUGGAGAGACAUCAUGUCUUGCAAACGAGCGAAGCACGGCAGUUGCUCAGUGUUUGGAUGUAGUACAAAUGAACACGACAGUUUAUUUGUACUUCCUUCAUCCGAGCCUCUGAAGAAGCAGUGGGUUGAUUUCAUUUUCUCUGGAAAUGCGAAAGUCUGCGCCAAACAUUUCACCGACGACUGCUUCCUCAACUUGGUCCAAUACAAAGAUGGACUUGCUGAACGUCUGGAAAUGGAGUCCGAAGCAGUACCAACUCUCCUCGGCUCAGCUACAAACCUCGAACAAAUCAGCACAUCAAGUGCUUACAUUCAGCUGCUUCUCACAAGGGAUGUUGCCUGCCAUACAGACCACCUGGAAACACGUACUGUAGGCACACAGCUAUCCUUAAAGACUUUGCCGCCCCACUUUACAAACUCAGAAGACUGCGAUGACUUUGGAGACCGUAGCACGCAGCGCGGCGCCACCUCGGAGAGUCUGGGUGUGGACGGCCCUGGCUCCUCCCACAUGUCCAGUCACAGCGGGGAGCUGAAGAUCCUGAGCGUCUACGGUAAAGGGGAGGGCCCACUGGCGGUGGACGGACAUGACACCCUCUUCACCACGUCAGAAGUGGAGGCCCUGAACUCGCUGUCUGCGGGCCACAGCGCAGCCAAGAGCCUGGAGCGCGGCGAGCGGCUGGUCUGCCACGAGGAGCUGAGUGUGCAGCAGACCCCAGACACCAUUUCAAUCAAGGUUGAAGAGGAUAUUGGUGGAGGCAUGCCCGCUGUAGAAGACUGUGAUGCCUUUGGAGACCGUAGCACGCAGCGCGGCGCCACCUCAGAGAGUCUGGGUGUGGACGCCCCUGGCUCCUCCCACUGGUCCAGCCACAGCGAGGAACUGAAGAUUCUGAGUGUCUACGGUAAAGGGGAGGGCCCACUGGCGGUGGACGGCCAUGACACCCUCUCCACCGCGUCAGAAGUUGAGGCCCUGAACUCGCUGUCUGCGGACCACAGCGCGGCCAAGAGCCUGGAGCGCGGCGAGCGGCUGGUCUGCCGUGAGGAGCUGAGUGUGCAGCAGCAGACACCAGAAACCAUUUCAAUCAAGGUUGAAGAGGAUAUUGGUGGAGGCAUGCCCGCCGUAGAAGACGUCAAUGACAUCAGAGACUGCAGCACGCAGCGCGGCGCCACCUCGGAGAGUCUGCGUGUGGACGCCCCUGGCUCCUCCCACAUGUCAAGUGACAGCGGGGAGCUGCGCAUCCUGAGCGUUUACGGACAAGGGGAGGGCCCACUGGCGGUGGACAUCCAUAACACCCUUUUUGCCGCGUCAGAACCGGAGGCCUUGAGCUCGCAGUCCGCUGACCACAGCGUGGCCAAGAGCCUGAACUGCAGCGUGAGGCUCGUCCGCCUUGAGGAGCUGACUGGGCAUCAGGGCGGCCGCAAGGGCCGGCCCGGUGUCUUGUGUGGAAAGGUUAUUCCCAACAAGGCCAAUAUGAUGAGGACCCAUAACGACGAGAAGCCCUACAAGUGUGACCAAUGCACAAAGCGCUUCAGUGAUAGCUACGCCCUGAAGAUCCACAUGAGAACUCACUCUGGGGAGAAGCCCUACAGGUGUGACCAAUGCAUGAAGUGCUUCAGUCUGAAAGGCCACCUGAAUAGACACAUGAGGACUCACUCUGGGGAGAAGCCCUACAGGUGUGACCAAUGCAAGAUGCGCUUCGGACAGAAAGGCCACCUGAAAUUCCACAUGAUGAUUCACUCUGGCGAGAAGCCCUACAAGUGUGAUCAAUGCAUGAUGCGCUUCAGUCAGAAUUACAUCCUGAAGAACCACAUGAGGACUCACUCCGGGGAGAAGCCCUACAAGUGUGACCAAUGCACGAAGUGCUUCAGUGAGAAAGGCACCCUGAAUAAACACAUGAGGAGUCACUCCGGGGAGAAGCCCUACAAGUGUGACCAAUGCAGCAAGCGCUGCAGUCGGAGAGAUGUCCUUAAUAUCCACCUGAGGACUCACUCUGGGGAGAAGCCCUACAAGUGUGACCAAUGCCCGAUGCGCUUCAGUCACAAAAGCAACCUGAAGAUCCACAAGAGGACUCACUCCGGUUAGAGGCCCUGCCUGUUAGUGCAUUGCAACGCCAGCUACAGCGACCCAAGCACUUUGAGUGUGCACAUGCUCAAGGACACGGGCAAUGGGGUGCUUUCACACAGGGUUUUCCCAAGAAAGCCUGGGCCAGCUCAUCAAGUGCUUGCAUUCAGCAUUUUCUCUCAAGGGAUGUUGCCUGCCAGACAGAAAACCUGGAAACGCAUAUUUGUAGGCACAAAGAUGUCCUUAAAGUCUAUGCAGCCCCAUUUUAAAAGUGAAGAAGACUGCGAUGCCUUUGGAGCCCGUAGCACGCAGCGCAACGGCACCUCAGAGAGUCUGGGUGUGGACGCCCCUGGCUCCUCCCUCAUGUCCAGCCACAGCGAGGAACUGAAGAUUAUGAGCGUCUACGGAAAAGGGGAGGGCCCUUUGGCGACGGACGGCCAUGACACCCUCUUCACCGCGUCAGAAGUGGAGUUCCUGAACUCGCUGUCUGCAGACCAAAGCGUGGCCAAGAGCCUGGAGCGCGGCGAGCGGCUGGUCCGCCGUGAGGAGCUGAGUGUGCAGCAGACCCCAGACACCAUUUCAAUCAAGGUUGAAGAGGAUAUUGGUGGAGGCAUGCCCGCCGUAGAAGACAAUAACAUCAGAGACUGCAGCACGCAGCGCGGCGCCACCUCAGAGAGUCUGUGUGUGGACGCCCCUGGCUCCUCCCACAUGUCAAGACACAGCGGGGAGCUGCGCAUCCUGAGCGUCUACGGACAAGGGGAGGGCCCUCUGGCGGUGGACGGCCAUGACACCCUCUUUGCCGCGUCAGAACUGGAGGCCUUGAGCUCGAUGUCCGCUGACCACAGCGUGGCCAAGAGCCUGAACUGCAGCGUACGGCUCGUCCGCCUUGAGGAGCUGACUGGGCAUCAGGGCGGAUGCAAGGGCCGGCCUGGUGUCUUGUGUGGAAAGGUUAUUCCCAACGAUGCCAAUAUGAUUGUCCACAUGAGGACUCACUCCGGGGAGAAGCCCUACAAGUGUGACCAAUGCACAAAGCGCUUCAGUGUGAAAGGCAACCUGAAGAGACGCAUGAGGACUCACUCCGGGGAGAAGCCCUACCAGUGUGACCAAUGCACGAUGCGCUUCAGUCAGAGAGAUGCCCUAAACUUCCACAUGUCGACUCACAACGGCGAGAAGCCCUACAGCUGUGAUCAAUGCACAAAGCACUUCAGUCGCAGCUCCUUCCUGAAGAUCCACAUGAGGACUCACUCCGGGGAGAAGCCCUACAAGUGUGACCAAUGCAAGAAGUGCUUCAGUCAGAAAGGCAACCUGAAGAGCCACAUGAGGACUCACUCUGGGGAGAAGCCCUACGUGUGUCUGCAGUGCAACGCCAGCUACAGCGACCCACGCACUUUGCGAGUGCACAUGCUCAAGCACACUUUGAUACGGGGUAACGGGACUCACAGCGAGGAACUGAAAAUUCUGAGUGUCUACGGUAAAGGGGAGGGCCCUCUGGCGAUGGACGGCCAUGACACCCUCUUCACCGCGUCAGAAGUGGAGGCCCUGAACUCGCUGUCUGCGGACCACAGCGCGGCCAAGAGCCUGGAGCGCGGCGAGCGGCUGGUCUGCCACGAGGAGCUGAGUGUGCAGCCGGAGACCCCAGACACCAUUUCAAUCAAGGUUGAAGAGGAUAUUGGUGGAGGCAUGCCCGCCGUAGAAGACGUCAAUGACAUCAGAGACUGCAGCACGCAGCGCGGCGCCACCUCGGAGAGUCUUUGUGUGGACGCCCCUGGCUCCUCCCACAUGUCAAGUCACAGCGGGGAGCUGCGCAUCCUGAGCGUCUACGGACAAGAGGAGGGCCCUCUGGCGGUGGACGGCCAUGACACCCUCUUUGUCGCGUCAGAACUGGAGGCCUUGAGCUUGCUGUCCGCUGACCACAGCGUGGCCAAGAGCCUGAACUGCAGCGUGAGGCUCGUCCGCCUUGAGGAGCUGACUGGGCAUCAGGGCGGCCGCAAGGGCCGGCCCGGUGUCUUGUGUGGAAAGGUUAUUCCACACAAGGCCAAUAUGAUCGUCCACAUGAGGACUCACUCUGGGGAGAAGCCCUACAAGUGUGACCAAUGCACAAAGCGCUUCAGUCUGAAAGGCCACCUGAAUAGACACAUGAUUUAUCACUCUGGGGAGAAGCCCUACAGGUGUGACCAAUACAUGAAGCGCUUCAGUCAAGGCGGCAACCUGAAGAUCCACCUGAGGACUCACUCUGGGGAGAAGCCCUACAGGUGUGACCAAUGCAAGAAGUGCUUCAGUCAGAAAAGCCAGCUGAAGACCCACAUGAGGACUCACUCUAGGGAGAAGCCCUACAAGUGUGACCAAUGCACGAAGCGCUUCAGUCAGACAAGCCACCUGAAGAUCCACCUGAGGACUCACUCUGGGGAGAAGCCCUACAGGUGUGACCAAUGCACGAAGUGCUUCAGUGAGAAAGGCAACCUGAAUAAACACAUGAGGAGUCACUCUGGGGAGAAGCCCUACAGGUGUGACCAAUGCACGAAGUGCUUCAGUGAGAAAGGCACCCUGAAUAAACACAUGAGGAGUCACUCCGGGGAGAAGCCCUACAAGUGUGACCAAUGCACGAAGUGCUUCAGUGAGAAAGGCACCCUGAAUAAACACUUGAGGAGUCACUCCGGGGAGAAGCCCUACAAGUGUGACCAAUGCACGAAGCGCUUCAGUCAGACAAGCCACCUGAAGAUCCACAUGAGGACUCACUCCGAGGAGAAGCCCUACAAGUGUGACCAAUGCACGAAGCGCUUCAGUCAGACAAGCCACCUGAAGAUCCACAUGAGGACUCACUCUGGGGAGAAGCCCUACGUGUGUCUACAGUGCAACGCCAGCUACAGCGACCCACGCACUGUGCGAGUGCACAUGCUCAAGCACACUUUGAUACGGGGUAACGGGAUGCUUUGAUUGAGACCUCUGUUUGGUAUUGGUUGAAAUUACUGCUUUUUGUUUUUCUUUUCAUCACGAUUAAACGCUUCGUACCUUCGAUUCACUUUCUGUUUUUAUUAAUUGAUGUCCGUGUUGAAUAACUUAUUUCUAGGACACUUCUGACAGCGAAAUAUUUGAUUCAAUGUAGUUUGUUCAGGGGAAGAUACAGGCAGCGAAGUUACCAAGCAUACAGUCAAUGAGACGAUGGGUGUACAUGAUUCUUAUAGGAAACGUUGACAUUGUGGGUAAAUACAAAGGAAACAAAGGUCAGGGGGAGGGGCCUUCGUGGAGUUUAGGAUUGGCCAGAGGAGAGACCAAGUUAAAUUGCAAUUCACAAUAUGGGUGAAGUGGACAUGGCUGCAAGACGGUUAAAGGAAUCUACACAACAAAGAAGUCUGGAUUGGCCUCAGUAUCAAACUUGGUGCCCACACUUGCAAAUGCAAACUAUCUUAACACCUUUCUAUGAGAGAGGGCGGGAGGUAUCUCUAGGUCCAUGGAGAAUGCAUAGAAAUUCAUUGAAAUUUACAAAUUAUUCAAACUGGGUUCAUAUAAUUUGUAUAUUAAAGUUAUGCUUGACAUUGCCACAACAUUGUCAUUACCGUUAUCUUUGUUAUUACAAAAAGCCUGCAAAGUUCACUUGUGAAAUAGACUGCGAUUGAACCCCACAUUAUACAUGAUUGUGUUCAUUCCACUGACCUUUCCAUUCUGUGCGCUUAAUGCUAACUACCUUGGAUGGAUUGUAUCAUAAUAGGCGAUAAUGGUUGAAGAUGAUCCAUUUUAAAAGGUCCCAGGUUAAAUGUCUUGAUCUCAGUGAUGCUCAGUUUAGGCCAGUCCUUCCUCUAGAAUGCAGCAUUAUUCUAACGGGACAAAGUCAGAAGAUUCCUAGCAUUGGUCCCCCUUCACUCCCUGUUUGCAGCGGCGGCUGGUGAUCCAAUUCGUGGGUGGGGUGCAGUAUUGGACGGGGGUCCUCCCCAAGAAAAUAUAGAAUUGGUUUCUGGGAUGCCCACUAGCUAAAAAUGUAUUCUGAUUCAUUGCCUACAUCCUGACUUGCAGGGCCUGGACAAGCUUACACUGCUUUCACUUUCAUUCCACUAGCCAUUGCUAUUUGACCCAUGGUUGUUAUUCUGAUAUUGAGGCAUAUCAUGAUCAAUGUCCUAUAGGGUUUUACCGGAGUCUCAAGGUGCAUUUCAAAUGCACUUUGGGACCGUUGUAUUAUAUAUUUUUUAUAUGCUACAUACCAAAAGACUUAAUAUGUAAUUUACUCGUUCCUUUUAAGCAUGACAUUGCAUGAAGAGUCCAAUUCCUCCACUGAAAUGGGUAGAAAGUGCCUUUACAACUCUCUGCUAGUUAACUAUCUGUCACUUCUCUGGUUAUAGUUAUGUUGCGCAAUGCACGAAUGCUGUUGAGGGAGGUAGCCUAUUUGAUUCAUUGGCUGAAUUGUCCAAUCAGCUCCAAAUUACUACAAUGAGUUGAAACACAAGACACAGUGUAGUGUCAAGUGUUUCUUUAAUACUCUUGGUAGGAUAACAAACCUACCAUGAUUUAUCGUUCCUUAUGUCGUACGGUCAUGUACAGGGGUUGGGUUUGUGUCGAGUCUCUUCUUUUUCUGUUUACUAAUUAUUUUGGUGUGUGUGUGUGUGUGUGUGUGUGUGUGUGUGUGUGUGUGGAAAGUUCCUAAGCCAGAGGGAAACUUUGAACCAAUGCAAAAGGCUUAAAAUGUACCACUAUAUCAAAACUAAAAAGAAUCUUCAGAAAAAAAUAAUGAAUUGUUAUGAGCUGCUGCAGGGAAUUUCUGUUUUUCUUUUCUUGUUUGAUGAUUUCGGUUAAUCUGUUCAAAUAUUGUGUUAUUGUUUGGUCCAAAAGCUUUGAUUUCUUUUAACAAACGAGCUGAACAUCAUCAUCAUCAUCAUCAUAAUUAGAAAAAACGGUAUCAUUUGACCUUCAUUAUUUAUUGCUUAGGAUUUUUUCUUGCAUUUAUUCUGUUUGUAUUAUUUUCAACCAUGUUUAAUAAAAAAAAAA